CUCACUUGAUGGAAAAAUACAGCGCGUAUAGAGACCCGGGAACUGGAAUCCAGCCUUUCCUCGCUCCAGUCGCCCCUCCAAGUCCGAACGGAGACAUUUUGGCAAAGACCGUGCUUCCCAUCAGAUAUUUUGUUGGGGCUGUUCGAAUGCUUCUGGUUUUGCUCAUUCUAGGCCUAUAUCUGAUAUUGGUAGAAGGGAUAUGCUUCAUCUUCAGACCUGUUGCGCCUUUGUACCGUAUCUUGGCUCGGCUGUUUAUAGCAUUGUUAUCACGCCUAGCGCUUUUGAGCGCCGGAAUCUUUUGGAUACACGUGGAACACGUCAAAAGGAGGCGAGGGCAAACUCAAACCUCCGACCAAUGGAAUCCACAGCCUGGUGAUGUAAUAGUUUCCAACUGGGUCUCCUGGAUUGAAAUCCUCUGGCUUGCUUUCAGGUUUAAUCCGGUCUUUGUCCUUCCUGUUCCUGCUUCGUCGGCCUUGACUUCUGCACCAUCUAAAUCAUUAGAUCCCAUAUCACGCACACCUGGGCGGCGAACGGGAACCGGAUUAGCUAAUGUGUCGGUGUCAACAAGGGCUCCGAGGGAAAGAAUCCCUAUCAUUGGAUUUCAGCGUCUUUCGUUACUGAAUAUGCUUCGCCAAACUGGAAAUGUCCCACCAUACAGAUUGGCCCCAGGCUUGGCUCCCCAGAGUCUCGAAGCUAUCCGAUCGACUUCUGAUCGGCCCAUCGUCGUGUUUCCGGAAUCUACAACGAGUAACGGAAGAGGACUAAUCCGUUUUUGCGACGUUUUCAAUCAAAAUAUUCCAGUACAAGGAUGGCAGGCGUUCGUCAUGUGUGUUCGAUACGAUACUCCAACAAUACUGUCGUCCACCCUGUCACACUCCAUUCCAGCAAGAUCGCUAAAUCCACUGCCUCAGGUGUUUAAUAUGGCCACGUCCAUUACGCCGCCGACCGUUUCAAUUCGGCUACUAGCUCCGUCAGAAUCUCCUGGUUCCCCAAAUUUCCUGGCUAGUGACGUCCUUGCCGGAUCGCACAACGAUCAGCUUAGCGAAGCAUGCGCUGUUUUGAUUGCGCAACUUGGAAAGAUGAAAAGGAUCGGGAUGGGAUGGGAAGAUAAAGCGAAUUUCCUGGAGUUCUAUUGGGGUAGACGCAGUUCGUAAUCGAUGUAGAAAAACACAGCGGAGAUACUUGUAACAACGAAAGCUAUUACGGCAGGCGAGAAAAAACCUUCAAGGUGGACCUAUGUGUGGUAAGGUGAUGAUAAAUAGAUGACCUAUAACU